GAUAAAAAAUUUUAAAUUUCAACUUCGUUAAAAAUAAAAGAAAAGAAAAAUGGAUUUACGUUCUUGGGUUUCCGACAAUGUGAUGAAGUUACUUGGAAUGUCCGAAAGGAUCUUUGUAGAUUAUAUUAUUGCUGAAGCUCAAUCUUGUAAUACUCGGGAAUCUUUACGAGAAAAGCUAACUGAGUUACCACAAACAGCGGAAGCUCAACGUUUUAUUGAUAAUCUGUUUGAUCGAGUACCGAGAAAAAAGUCUCAAAAAGAUGAAACUUAUUUAAAAAGGAAAAGAGAAGAACAAGAAGCAAAAGAAGCUUUGGCAAAGUCAAAAUCAUAUAAGUUGAUUCUUGACGAUUUUAGCGUUGAGGAACCAUAUUCAAAAAAAUCUAAAAAAUCUAAAAAGGAUAAAAGUUUACGUAAAAAAGAAAAAUUAGAUACGUGGGAAAGUGAUCAAGAUGACAGAAAGUCUAAAAGUUCGUCGUCAAAGGAAAAGUCAAAGUAUUCUGAAUCUGAAGAUGAAUACGAAAAAGAAGAGAAAGAAAAAAUUAAAGAUUUGAAAGAAAGAGAUGAAUUUGCUAAAAGAUUAAGACAAAAGGACAAAGAGAAGACCAAAAAUCUUGUUGAAGACAGAUCGUCUAAAGCAGAAAGUGAAACUACUAAAAGACGUAAUCUCGCCGAUGAUGCAGAAGCUCGUAAGAAGGUUUUACCAGAUAUUCGUGAGCGGUCUCGUCAAGAAUAUUUAAGGGAUCGUACCGAUAAACAAAUGAAAAUGUUAGAACUGGGAAUUCUUGAUGAAGAUACUUUGUUCAAAGAUGAAAAACUUACUAAAAAAGAGAAAAAAGAACUUGAAUUGAAAAAAGAAACUCUGAGAUUAACAAAAGAAAGAUUAAGUCUUUCUGGAAAAACUGAUGAUUAUGCUAUGCCGGAAGAUUAUAUCACAGAGAAAGGAAAAAUAGAUAAGAAAAAAAAGGAGUCGGUUCUUUAUCAACGUUAUGAAGAAGAUCGCGAUCAGCAUAGGUUUGUUACAGAUCAGGACCAAUGGGAACAAAAUCAGAUCGUAAAAUCACAAUUAAAAGUCGGAGCUCAAGAUAGAAUUAAGCAAGAGGAACAAUAUGAAUAUGUUUUUGACGAUCAAUCUAUAGAAUUUUUAAAUUGGGAUUGGAAAUCAAAUAGUCAAGAUGAUGAAAUAAUGGCCAAAAUUGAUGAAGCUGAAAAGAAAGCAAAGACUAUUGAAGAAACUCGUAAAUCUUUGCCAAUUUAUGCAUUUCGUGAUGAGUUACUUAAUGCUAUAGAAGAAUUUCAAGUUUUAGUAAUUGUAGGAGAGACAGGCUCUGGUAAAACCACUCAAUUACCACAAUAUUUGUAUGAAUCAGGAUAUACCAAGGGCGGUAAAAAAGUUGGUUGUACACAACCUAGAAGAGUUGCUGCUAUGAGUGUAGCGGCUCGUGUAUCGGAGGAAAUGGGUGUUAAACUUGGAUAUGAGGUUGGUUAUUCAAUUCGAUUUGAAGAUUGUACAUCUGAUAAGACUAUAAUUAAGUAUAUGACAGAUGAUGAAGCUCACGAGAGAACUUUACAUACUGAUGUUCUCUUUGGAUUAGUUAAAGAUAUUGCUCGUAGUAGGCCUGAUCUAAAACUUUUAAUUUCUAGUGCUACAUUAGAUGCUCAGAAAUUCGCAGAUUAUUUUGAUGGAGCUCCGAUCUUUUCAAUUCCAGGAAAGCCUUAUCCGGUCCAAAUUUGUUAUACAAAAUCUCCUGAAGCAAAUUAUAUUGGAGCUGCCGUAACAACUGUGAUGCAAUUACAUAUAACUCAGCAAAAAGGCGAUAUAUUGGUCUUCUUAACGGGCCAAGAAGAAAUCGAGACUGUACAAGAAAGUUUACAACAAGCUUGUAGGGUUUUAGGUAGCAAAAUAAGAGAACUUAUAAUAUGUCCAAUUUAUGCUAACCUUCCUCCCGAUAUGCAAGGAAAAAUAUUUGAACCAACACCGCCUGGUGCUCGAAAAGUGAUAUUAGCUACAAACAUAGCAGAAACAUCUAUUACUAUUGAUGGUGUCUCAUUUGUUAUUGAUCCAGGAUUUGUAAAGCAAAACUUCUAUAGUGCAAAAACACGUUUGGAAACAUUAGAGGUUGUUACAUGUUCAAGAGCUUCAGCAACACAGCGCGCAGGAAGAGCUGGUCGUGUCGGACCAGGACAUUGUUUCAGGUUGUAUACAAAACAUGCAUAUGCAAAUGAAAUGGAAGAGAAUAACGUUCCCGAAAUUAAAAGGACUAAUUUAGGGAAUGUAGUAUUAACACUAAAGAGUAUUGGUAUUCGUGAUGUCAUGAGUUUCGAAUUUAUGGAUCCUCCUCACGAACAAGCUCUUAUUUCAGCUCUUAAAGAUUUAUCAGAUCUUGGUGCUUUAAAUAAUGAAGGAGAAUUAACAAAAUUGGGAAGAAGAAUGGCAGAAUAUCCUUUAGAUCCUAUGUUAUCCAAAACUAUUAUAAAUUCAGAAAAAUAUCAUUGUUCUGAAGAUGUCAUAUCAAUUAUUAGUAUGCUUAAUGUUCAAAGUUCAGUUUUUUAUCGUCCAAAGGAUAAAAAAUUUCAUGCUGAUAAAGCGCGUCAAAACUUUACAAAGCCCGGUGGAGAUCAUCUCACCUUAUUAAAUGUUUGGGAACAAUGGGUUGAUACAAAUUACUCAUUGCACUGGUGUCAUGAGAACUUCAUCGUAUAUCGUUCAAUGACACGAGCACGAGAUGUUCGAGAUCAACUUGUCUCAUUAUGCGAACGAACUGAAGUUAAGUUAGAAUCGAAUCCAAAUCCUGCUGAUAUAGUUCCUAUACAAAAAUCUUUUGUUGCAGGAUUUUUUAUGAAUACAGCGAGAUUGUUACCAUUUGGUGAUUCUUACCAAAAGAUUAAAUUUGGAGAAGCUGGAAGGAGAAUAUAUAUUCAUCCAAGUAGUUCAUUAUUUCAAACACCACCAAAAUGGGUGCUUUAUUAUGAAUUAGUUGCUACCCAGAAAGAUUAUAUGAGACAAGUUAUGGAAAUUCAGCCCCAAUGGCUAGUAGAAGCCGCACCUACUUGUUAUACAAAAGCUGAAUUAGAAAAAUUAGAUUCAAAAAAGAAAAUGCCGAAAAAUCAUCAAGCUGCAAGUUCAUUAUCCUCUUCAAGAUCUUAAUAAAAACUUUAUAUUUUUUAUUUAAGUUGUAUUAACUUAUGGUAUUAAUAGAAUUUUAUAAAUAAAAUAAUAAUUGUAAUUUCUUAAUCGGUUACUAUUCAGAACGUAAUUUAUAUUUCAA